CCAGCCACUAAAAAUCAGCGCGCUUCCGCCGAAUAGGCGCGAAUGCUUUUUCCCAAUCUCCUUUGAGUGGAUGAGUCGUGCGGAAUUAUCGGCACGAGGUCCCCUCAACUUUCAAAGUUCGUAUCCGAUUUUCAAGAUGCCUACCGAAAAUGUCGGUGCUUGUCUCCUCGACCCGAAACCCGUACAGUUCUGGAUAUUCGGCUAGAAAGCGGUGGUCUAGUCCUGCUCGGAUAAGCGACCAAGCGAGCGGAGACAUUUUGCCCCUCUAUUGGUAGUUUUCCGGUGAGAGGCCAUCUACCAACUUACAGGCGAUAUCCGAGACCUUACUCGGUACACCAAUACCCCAGAAUCCCUUCAGAUCUACACCUAGGUAAGAUGUUGGCCCGCUCGACUCGCGGAUAUCCCCCGCGGCAUGUAAGGUCCGCAGGGGAUCAGGGUCACGAUACAUAAAAUCCUUAGCCCGCAUUUCCCCAGGUCUUUCGCAUUCGUUGGAUAUGAUUACGUAGGUACACAGGUCCAGCUUUGAAAAUCGUUGAAAACCGCGAGAUAUCCUCCUUACCAAUCGAUAUUUUCAUUUCUAUUCAUCUUCCCCACGUGAGAACCACGUGGCAGGUGAGAAUACUUCCGGUGCUAGCAGCGAUUUGGUUUUCCCCGUAUCCAUCUUGCGAAGAUGGCUGCAACGAUCUCACAUCUGCCACAUGCUGGCGCCGAACUAGGCUUGCUAAGGAAGAAAUCAUCACCUCUACCGAUAACCACCGUCCUUCCGACAUCUACACAAGUAGUGAACAACACAUUCUAUAGGUUAGAGGAAAUUCUGAUUGAAAGAUGCCGCUCCACCCCGGAUAUUCCCAUGAUCGGAUACCCUGCCAAUCCCCAUACUGCGGAGGAAUAUAUCUAUUAUACGGCGAGACAAUUUGAUCGUUUCGUGAACGGAGCGAUCCAAGAUCUGCGACGUCAAGGACUAGGGCGACCUGAAGAGGAAGCACCGUCGAAAGACAGUCCAGUGGUUGCGCUGCUGGGUCCGGCCAAUCUCGAUUACGUCGUGGCCGUCUUCGCUCUAGCUCGCAUGGGCUACGCAGUCUUCUAUCUUUCGACACGCCUCAGUAUAGAAGCCUACAUGAGUCUCCUCAACCAAACGGAUUGUCACCAUAUUAUACACGCAGAGAUACCAGCCUUAGUCAAGUCGGUUUCCGAGCUACAUACUCAGUGCAACAGCCUGAAGUCAUUCGUCUUCACAACGCAACCCACGUAUACGCGCUGCACAGAAUCUUCUGAAUACAAAUUCAAGAGCGCCGUGGAGGAUGGCACAAAAACAGCGUACAUCAUUCAUUCUUCCGGGUCAACAGGAUAUCCCAAAGCAAUACCUAGCAUACACAAAUCCGGCAUCUCGAACUACACAUUCAGCAGAGGGUUUGAGUCCUAUUUCGUGACGCUGCCGUUCUACCACGGCCACGGUGUUAGCAUGUUCUUCAGAGCCCUCUUCAAGGGUAAGCCUAUUGCGCUGUAUAACGCUUCCUUGCCAUUGACAGGCGGGUAUCUGGUCAAGGGACUACGGAGUACCAAACCCGAGAGUCUUCAUUGUGUACCCUACGCGCUGAAGCUCAUUGCGGAGACAGACGGUGGGAUUGAGGCGUUGGCAGGACCUAAGCAGGUCCUAUUUGGAGGAAGUAGCUGUCCAGAUGAUUUAGGCGAUAAACUGGUCGCAGGUGGUGUCCAUCUAAUUAGCCACUACGGCGCCACAGAGUUUGGCCAGCUCAUGACUUCAGAUCGCCCACCAGACGACAAAGCAUGGAAUUAUCUACACCCUCUGCCAACCGCCGCGCCAUACUUAUUUUUCGAUCCCCUAGACGACGGUUCAUUCGAGUGUGUUGUUCUAGAUGGCUUACCCUCGAAAAAUGUGAGCAAUUCAGACGACCCGCCCAAUUCAUUUCGAACUAGUGAUCGCUUCGUGAAACAUCCUAGCCUUCCGAAUCGUUGGAAAUAUGUUGGACGCCUCGACGAUCGAGUCACCCUCAUGAACGGCGAAAAAGUUCUUCCCAUUCCGAUAGAGCAUCGCAUAAGACAAAAUAGACUCGUCAAAGAAGUUCUCGUAGUUGGUGUUGGCAGGCUUUUGCCUGGACUGCUCAUUAUGCCCAGCGAAAAUGCGCGAGGCCUCGAAAAGGGUCAGAUACUAGACAGCGUAUGGCCCGACAUCGCUGCGGCAAAUUCAAAUGCUGAGGCUUUUAGCCAGAUCUCGAAAGAUAUGGUCGAGGUACUUCCUGUCGAUGUAUGGUAUCCUCAAACGGAAAAGGGUACUCUGAUUCGAAAAGCAUGUUACAAACACUUUGAAGGGGUAAUUGACGAGCUGUUUGAUCGUGCUAGCGGUUCAAGCGAUUCUACCGAAGUACAGUCAUCCGCGAUUAAGCUAGCUUUGAGUGUGGCCGGCAUAGAGGACUUUUUAGUCGGGAUUGUCCAACGAGAUCUAGGCUUCGAUCAUAUAGAGCCCGACACAGAUUUCUUCACGGCCGGUAUGGACAGCUUGCAAGCGAUCAAGGCUUACGGCAUCAUUAAGAGACAUUUAGACCUUGGAAAUGGCAACCUCAAUCAAAACGCUUUGUACGAAUUUGGUAACAUAAAGAGAUUGGCGGUUCAUUUGCACAGCCUAAGAACAGGAGAGCAAAAGGAAGCAGAGAACGAACUUGAUAUUAUGGCUGAACUAAUCAAGAAGUACGCCGUCUUUCAGAAACCUGUACUUGACGACCAAGAAGUAGUGCUCCUCACCGGCGUCACUGGCUCGCUUGGCUGUUAUAUACUGUCGAAGCUUCUUUUAAAGCAAUCCGUCCGAAGAGUUUACUGUUUAGUACGAGCCUCGUCGGCCGACGCUGCCCUAGACAGAGUCAUCUCUACCUUGUCAGCGAGGGAACUACCAAUCACGAACAUAUCGAAGAUUCGAGCUUUGCCCUCAAAUCUCUCCAGGCCGGACCUUGGUCUUGGUUCAGACGUGAUCCAUGAACUUCGCAACACACUGACUAAGGUCAUUCACAGCGCUUGGGCGGUGAACUUUAAUAUCGGAGUCCGUAGCUUCGAGGAGCAUCAUAUUGCUGGCGUGCACAACCUGAUAAAUCUAUGUCUCUCCUCCCGUCGCCAGUCCCCAGCGGAAUUCUAUUUCUGUUCCUCAAUUUCGGUGGCUACCCGCACCCCACGACCAGCCACCAUCGCUGAGGGACCAAUUCCAGAGUUAUCGCACGCUCAUAAUAUGGGUUAUGCUAGAUCGAAACUCGUCGCUGAGCGCAUAGUGCAAGCGGCGGCCGAGCAGACCGGGAUGAUCUCCAAGGUGCUUCGAGUGGGACAAAUCGUGGGGGACACUGUGUUUGGCCGAUGGAAUCCCGACGAAGGUAUCCCCUUGAUGAUCCGAAGCGCCACGACCCUAGGCGCCCUGCCUGCCCUUGACGAAACACCAUCGUGGACUCCGGUAGAUGUCGUCGCCCAGGCCGUGUUAGAAUUGAGUGCCUUGGAAGCUCCAGAGGAUGAUAGUGCCAUUUUAGCAAAGCAAUAUGGCGAUGACCCAAAGGUUAUCUAUCACCUUGUAAAUUCUUCUGUUUUUCAUUGGACGAAGGAUCUCCUUCCAGCUCUUCACGGCGCGGGUCUCGAAUUUGAGAUUGUCGGACAGAGAGAAUGGAUCAAGCGCCUAAGGGAAGGUGAACAGGACCCUACGAAAAAUCCUACCGUCAAGUUAACCGAAUUCUUUGCCGGAAAGUACGACAAUGAGGAAAGCCGAGCAGGUUUGGUCUACAGCACCAAACUUACGGAACAGGCUAGUCCCUCUCUAAAGGGUGGAAUAGAUUUAGUUUCUAGUGGUAUUGUCAAGAAGUUUGUUGACUCAUGGCGACGCGACUGGGCAACAACGGUAUAGUAGAGUUAUACAUUGGAGCAUAGACAACUAUAUAUUCACUAUCAUAUAUUUCGUAAGUACAAACGGCCAGCAGGUAUAACGACGAACAAUCAAUCUUUUUA